UAAUCGCGCGUUUUUUUGUUGGCGCUUUAUAGAAAUCUGUCAUUUGGACUAUAUGAAUAAUAUGUGAUUAAGCGCUAUUUUGAAACAAGGCCACGAUAAUAUUUUAAGACUAUACCUAACCUAACCUAUGGCUGAAAAACCUGAGGAUUUAAAUCUUCCUUCUGCAGUUAUUGCAAGAAUGAUUAAAGAAGUGCUUCCAGAUGGUGUAAAUAUUUCUAAAGAAGCUCGUGCUGCUAUAAGUAAAUCUGCAAGUGUGUUUGUCCUUUACGCUACUUCAUGUGCAAACAAUAUUGCUCUCAAAAGGAAACGAAAAACGCUUACCGCCAGUGAUGUUUUGGAAGCUAUUGAUGAAAUGGAGUUUUCCAGUUUUCUCGAACCUCUAAAAGAAGCAUUAGAAAAUUUCAAAGUUGGUCAGAGAGAAAAGAAAGGGGCAGCAGAUUUGAAACGCAAACAAAAAGCAGAAAUUGAAAGUGAAGAAAAAAAGAAAAAAGAAGAAGGCACAGAAACUUCAAUUGAAUAUUUGAUAUUAUAAAUGAAGUUUUGAGCGAUGCAGAUUAAUUUAUUGAAAUGUUUAAACACCACACAUCCCAUGUUCAAACGUUACAUCUGUCUUCAAAUGCUACAUGUAACUUCCUAACAACCUUCCAAAUCUUACCGACUUCUGAAUGAAACAAUUUCAAACGUCGUGUGAUUAUGCUUUUAUGCAUAAUUUAUGCAUAAUUGAACCCUCAUUUGUAUAAUAAGCUUUUGUUUAAGCAAAAAAUAAAAGCAUCUUGUUUAACUAAUAUUAAGUCUUGAGUAAAAAAAGGUUUUCUGUAGUUUAUUUAGUAUAACUUUAUUUUAUUUGCUUA